CGAUAUCUAAUUAUUCUUAAUACGUUACGUUGAAAUAUGACUUUCAAACACGAGAUAAGUGUGUUCAGCUGCAAAUUUUAUGUUUCAGAGUCUUGUAGAAAAUAUUUGUCUUGAUUACGUACUUUAACAGCGGUGUUGGUAGAAAGGGGGUGGGUCACAUCUUGCCCAAAUGUAAUAUUUACAUAUUGGUCCUUAAAGUGAUGUUUUCAGUUAAAUAUCUUAAAUGAUUUAUGUCAAUUCAUAAUAGAAGUUGGAGAUUGUGCGGCAGAAUUUCACUGAAGGUCAACGGAAGCAUAUAGGAAAAUGGCUGAUUUCUUGGCUGAAAAUAAUCCAUGUGGACAGAACAUUUUGAGACUUGUGGCGCGGGGAAGUUCUAUCAUAGCGGAGCUGUUGAGACUUUCAGAGUUCAUACCUCCUGUGUUUCGACUAGACAACCAGGCAGAUAAAAUAAAAUAUGGAGAACUCAUCAGUGACUUCAGCUAUUAUAGAAAUUCGGAAUAUUUUGAAAACAAAAUUGAAUCAAAAGUUGAGCUGCAAGACUUAGACCAAGAGUUCAAUGAGAAUAAUAUAGAGAUAUUGACAAGAUUCUAUCAGGCAUUCGCAAGCGUACACAAAUACGUAACCGAUUUGAACAGGUUUCUGGAAGAUCUAGAGGAAGGUGCUUAUAUUCAGCAGACUUUGGAAAGUGUUCUUCUGAAUGACGAUGGGAAACAGCUGAUGUGUGAGAGCCUGUUCCUGUACGGGGUAAUGUUACUGACCAUUGACAUGAAAAUUGAUGGAGUAAUCCGGGAAAGAAUACUGGUUUCUUACUACAGAUACAGUGCCCAGAAAGCUGCUGCAGCAGAUUCCAGUAUAGACGAUGUCUGUAAACUCUUAAGAAGUACUGGGUACUGUAAUUCUGCUGGUGCUAAACGACCACAAAAUUAUCCAGAAUCCUACUUCAGUCGUGUUCCACUGCCUGAAGAAUUCAUUAACAUGGUGAUCGGCCGGCUGCGAUCAGAUGACGUAUAUAACCAGAUUUCAGCAUAUCCACUGCCCGAGCAUCGGUCAACAGCUCUAGCCACCCAGGCCAGCAUGCUGUAUAUUAUCUUGUACUUUGAGCCAGAGAUUCUACACAACCAACAAGCUAAAAUGCGGGAGAUAGUAGACAAACAUUUCCCGGACAACUGGGUAUUAGGGGUGUAUAUGGGACUGACAGUGAACCUCCUUGAUGCUUGGUCACCCUACAGAGCUGCACUCACUGCCCUAAACAACACACUGGAUCAGGCUAAUGUCCGUGAGCAGGCAACAAAGUAUGCAACAAAACAGGUGAAACUGAAGCAGCCACUAGAAAAAUAUCUAAAGGAGGGUGUGCUCACUGAAGAGUUUGUUCUGGACAAUAUUCCAAAGAUGAUGAAUGUAAUGAGAGAGGCAAAUGUCACGGUCCGUUGGCUAAUGUUACACACUUCACCGCUGUCUCUUAGUGCAGAUGCAAAUAAACGUUGUCGGUUGUUACGGGAGCAGGUUCUGGCAGAUGCCAAGUACAACCCUCUGGAAACAUUUCAGCUUCUCCUCAAUAUCGGCCAAUUUGAAUUCAAGCUUAAAGAGAUGUUUAAACAGAUGUUAGCAGACAAAGAGAAGAAGUGGGAGGAACACAAGAAGGAGGGUAGUGAGAGAAUCCAGGAGCUCAGCGAGGUCUUUUCUGGCAGUAAACCCUUAACUAGAGUGGAGAAAAAUGAUAACUUACAGAACUGGUUCGGUGAAAUGGCUAAGCAGAUCACAUCUCUCAGCUUUGACGAUUCUACAUCAGCAGGGAGGAAAAUCGUACAGCUUAUACAGGCCUUGGAAGAGGUACAAGAGUUCCAUCAGUUAGAGAGUAACCUGCAAGUACGUCAAUUUCUGGCAGAUACUAGAAAGUACCUGCACCAGAUGAUACGCACCAUCAACAUCAAAGAGGAAGUACUUAUCACCAUGGAGAUAGUGGCUGACCUCUCCUACGCCUGGGAAAUUAUUGAUGGGUAUACUGAAUACAUGCAGCAGGGUAUUAAGAGGGACCCAUCUCUCGUCAUCAAACUCCGUGCAACCUUUCUAAAGAUGGCAUCAGCACUUGACCUACCACUAAUGAGGAUAAACCUGGCUCUGAGUAAAGAUCUGGUCAGCGUGUCACAGUACUACUCUGGGGAACUGGUGGCCUAUGUCAGGAAAGUCUUACAGAUCAUUCCACAGACAAUGUUUGGACUACUGUUUCGGAUAAUUAGUAUGCAGACCAACCAAAUCAAGGAAGUACCAACACGUCUAGAGAAAGACAAAAUGAAGGAAUUUGCCCAGCUUGAUGAGAGAUAUGAGGUUGCAAAACUGACUCACUCCAUUUCUGUGUUUACGGAGGGAAUACUGAUGAUGAAAACUACCUUAGUUGGUAUCAUUAAGAUUGACCCAAAACAGUUGUUGGAGGAUGGAAUCAGAAAAGAGCUUGUCCAACAAGUCGCUCUAGCUCUCCAUAAGGGACUCAUAUUUAAUCCAAAGGCAAAGUCGAGCGAGUUACUGCCACGCCUGCAUGCCUUAGGUGAGAGGAUGGACGGCUUCAGACGCUCUUUUGAGUACAUACAAGAUUAUGUCAACAUCUACGGACUUAAAAUCUGGCAAGAGGAAGUAUCACGCAUCAUCAAUUACAAUGUAGAACAAGAAUGUAACAGCUUUCUAAGGACAAAGGUUCUAGACUGGCAGAGUGUGUAUCAGUCAACAGCGAUUCCAAUCCCACGCUUCCUGCCUGUCGAUGAGAGCGUCAACUUUAUAGGCAGGCUGGCAAGGGAGAUAAUCAGGAUCACUGAUCCCAGGGUGACAUGCUACAUCGACCAGAUGAAAUCCUGGUAUGACUUAAAGACGAAGCAGGAACUUGUCAACAGGAACCUGUUCCAGCAGUUACAGAGGGCAGUAGGAAGCUUUGGACUGGCGGGUCUAGAUCGAUUACUGUGCUUCAUGAUUGUGAAGGAACUACAAAUUUACCAGCAGCUGUUUAAACGAAACCUGAAGAACCCUAAGGAUCGCUCUCUAUACGAGACAUUUGCGUUGUAUGUGAAGAGUUUGAACCCAGUCUCCAAUGUUGUUGGUCAGCCACAAAAAAUGUAUUCCCAGAUGAUCUCCAAGACAUCACGUCUCUGGCAGCCAUUUUUAGAUAUAAUUCUCAGGGUCGGCCAGAUGCAAUUGCUGAGGAAACAAAUCCAACACGAACUUAGCACAUCCUGUAAGUUUGACUCCAAGUUCCUGGCCACCGGUUUACAGACCAUGAACACGGCCUUGCUGGCAGAUAUAGAGAGACAUUAUCAGGACCCUACUCUUCCUUACCCUAAGGAGGAAAACCCACUUAUGUUUGAACUGGCAGCAUACCUGGAGUCUGCUGGUCUGCACAAUCCUCUAAUGAAGAUUUACAUCACCACAGAAAGAUUGCCAUGUUUCUCCAUAUUCAACUUCCUGUUGGUAGUGUCUCACCUCCCCAAACUUGUCUACAGCAAGUCACUCAGUGGUAUGGUUAGUAAGAAACUGACUGACCCUCUGGACGGCCCACCAUUUGUGACGGGAUGUGUGACACUGCUAAAACAGUUCCAUUCAGAAAGUACUUCUCAUUUCCUGGCUUACCUUGGACAAUAUGUCCGUUCCAUCGUGGAAGUCUUGCCAGUCACCAAGUCCCAAGAUGCACCACAAGAUGUUUUGAAUACCCUAGUCUUCCUAGAGGAUUUCCUGUUUUACAGUGGUCUUUCUAGAAAGGCUCUGGAUGCACAUGUGCCAACCUACAUAUUUGAUGAGUUUAGGAGCCAGUUUUCCCAAUAACUUUGUAACCAACUUUUUAGUGCAAUAUUUUAGAGGUACCAAGUGCUGUAGAUUAAAGUCGGAGGAUGACCUUGUACUUAAGGUUCAGUCUCCAGGAACAUAGAUGUGAUGAUACAUUCCAUUACUGAAUUCUCUGUACAAGCAUUGAUCUAAUGGCAUCAUUACAAUAUAACAGUAUCAUCAGAAUCAUAUCUGUUUUCCUGUAGUCAAGCUGUUAGCUUGUUUACAGUGGAAACGUUCAUCAUCCAUAGCUUUGUUACAUUGAUGAAACUUUAUUCUCUUUCUCAAUCAGCAAUUCUUAUACAAAACUAUUUUUUUACAGAUAAUUGUUCUUGCAAAAAAAAAAAAUUUAAAUAUUAAGAUUACCAGGUAUGAAGUCGCCCAUGAAAUCAAGCCGAACAAAUGUGAUGUUUAUUUUAAUUUACAAUAAUGGUUGCUGAAAUGCAACUCCUACCGUUUGGUGAUGUAUUAUAAGUCAUGGAUGAAUUGUGGACAAAUUGCUAAGUUUGUGAUUAUGUCUGUUAACAAGAUAUCAGCAGACUUCCUAACCAUAUGUAGGGCAAGUGUGAUAAUGAUAUCUGCUGUGUUAGUAAGUGGAACACAGAUACUGUUUUUAUGAAUGACUGGGUUCAGUAAAAGUGAAGAAUUAAUGUAGAAAAGAAUUGAUCUUACAUUACUCUUACUACGGUAAAGAUGAAAACGAGACAAGAAAAGAUAGAAGUUUAAAUACAUUAUUAUUGUCAAAGAACAAGUCACCUAAUACUAUAUAUGUUGGGUCUUCUUCAAAAUGAAAAUUCUAGGGCCAUAAUACUGGAUUAGUAGCAUGCUUGAUGUGGAUGUUAUGAAGUUUGUUUAAAUGAAUGACCUUGACCCACUUUUGAAGCCAAAGGAAUAAAAUUGCUUAAACAUUGUUUUCUGAUUAACCUGUAGCCCAGAGUACAACCUUGACGUUUGGAUGGCCGAUAUAAAAGGCCAUAUAGAUAGGGAUUAAAAGGAAGGACCUCUUGGGGGAAAUUUAUAGGUUACAGAAUUACAGGGAGUUAUAAAUUAUUUAAGAUAUUAAGAUAUAUAUAGAAACAAUAUAUUGAAUUCAUAUGAAUUUUAAUUAAGCUCACAGUCGAGUUAACUGAAGAGAGACAAUUCACAGAGUUUUUUAUGCAGGCACUCAGGACCAGUUGUUAAUGCUUACAGAGUCUAAGAGUAUGAGUGAGUGAUACAGGCCUACUGGACCUGUUGUCAUUGUUACAUGUGCUGUAUUGAUUAUAAGAGUACUAGUGAGUGAUACAGGCUAAUUGAGCCUCGUGCCACAAGAACAAAAUAAA